UCGAAAAUAGAUCAAGAGAGACACCGAGGAAAAUGGAAAGAAACGAAGACUGGAGGAAAAUGGCGGACACCCACAAAAUGAGUUCAGAAGAAGUAAAAGCAGCUGGAGUAGAGGGGUCCAAGAGGCCACCAGGCCACAAUCCUGGGGGUAUCCUCCAUCAGAGACGCAAGCUUCCCUACAGCCCAGCCACCAUGGCCAUCGGUGGCCUACUCAUUAUCGGUACCAUUGGAUAUUUCACCCUAUACACCACCAAGAAGCCUGAUGCCUCCGCAAAAGAUGUCGCCAAGGUCGCUGCCGGCAUGGCCGAGUCUGAGGAUACUCGCCCCAGGAAGUAGACUGGCUUUUGUUUGUCGUCUGUUUUCUUAUCUUGAUUAGAUAACUUCCUUUAUUGUAAAAGUUAUGUUGGUUCAACGUUAGUAUACCUUGUUUCUCCACAAGCCUAAUUAAUAGACGAGUAUUUCGGCAUAC